GUUUAAAAAAAAGCAUUCUGUCAAGACAAUUUGUUGUUUGUUGGCUUUUUUCUUACAAAACAUUACAAAAUGAAGAGUCUGGUUUUGUGUUUUAUUCUGAUUGUAGUUUUUACAACAUGUUCUAGUGAAGAUUGGUGCUACGAGUCUCAACUGAUCCCUGAUGCAACAUGCAAAGGGCCGGCGACUUGGACAGAGGUAGACCCUUUGUGUGAUGGUAAGGGACAGUCUCCCAUUAAUAUAGUGACCAAGAAAGCCAAGAGAAGUUACAGUCUCACGUCAUUCAAAUUCACUGGCUACAAGGAGGCCUUCACCAGCAUGUUAAAGAAUACUGGUCAAACUGUCGUAGUGACCAUACCUGAGGGGGCCACAGUGAGUGGUGGAAAUCUUACUCAGACCUACAAGGCCAUCUCAGUAGAGUUUCACUGGGGCAAAAAUGGCACCUCUGGGUCUGAACACACCAUUGAUGGAGAAAAGUACCCAAUGGAGAUGCACAUUCAACAUAUCAAAAAUUCAUACGUUGGACUAGAAGAUGCCCUGCCAGACCAAAGCGGAGUUGCAAUGCUUUCAUUCUUCUUUGUGGAGUCAGCCAUUCCAAAUAAGCAGUACAGCACAUUCAUUGAAGCUCUGAAAAAUGUGCAGGAAGCAAGCACAGAGACAGAAUUUAAUGUCUCCCUAGACAGUCUCAUUCUACCUAUGAAUCAGCUGAGUUCCUACUAUCGUUAUGAAGGCUCAUUAACCGCCCCCAGCUGCAAUGAGGCGGUGGUCUGGACUGUGUUCAAGCAUCCUAUUCCACUCAGCCACGACCAGCUUGCAGAAUUCUUCAACCUGAAGUUCAGUGAUGGUGAACCAAUGGUGAAUACAUUUAGACCAGUGCAACCUGGUAACGGCCGUACUGUGUAUCAUUCCGGCAGUGCUGUAGUUGUGGCCAGCUUUACUCUGGUGUGUGUGAGUACAGCUCUAGGUCUUUUCCUGCACAUCUAGAGAAAAAUGAAGAAGUCGGCAUGAACGCAGACAAGUGUUUUAAACAUACAGACAGAAACAUAUCUAAGUACAGGGUUUUUAUCUUUAACAAUUCCAAAAUAGUUGGAUCUCUACAAAUCUAGCAUGUUAGCUUUUUAGUAAAUCUAUAUCCCAUAUAACCUAUAUUCUAGUUAAGAGAUGUUUGUUUAUUUUAAUUGGAUGUAUUACCACACUGUUCUGAUCUUUUUGUUAUAGUAAUCUAAAUGUCCAGGACCACUUUUAAGCCUAAUUUGUUAUUACGAACUAAAAAAAACAAAUAUGUAGACAAAUGUUCUGUGAUUUUAGUUGUUUGGUGAUUUUCUGUUUUUCAGUGUUCGGAUAUUUUAAUGUUUAUUAAUGUGUUCUGUUCUUUGUCAUGGUUAUUCCUUAAAAGCUUUGGUUCAAGCAGACUGCACAUAAAAUGUUAAUGCUCAAACAGAAAUAAAUGACUGUUUUUGUUCAUUA